AUGCAAACCGACGUGACAGCAGCGGCGGCCAGAAAUGCAGCACGUGUGGUCGAAAUUCAUCGAGGAGCAGUGGACGAUGAGGUGCAGCGGUCUUUUGACGUCAGCGCACCGGAUCUUCCGAUGGAUCUGGAGAAUGUGGCAGUGUCCAAUGAGCCACUUAUAACACCCGCAAAUAUGGUUAAUGUUAUCCGCAAUGAGUUAAAUCACUUCUCUGAGAAUGAACUAACUUUCGACAACAUUUAG